GCACACGCAUGGCUGCGCGCUUUGAACAGUCACUCGGCUGCGGUUGUUGUACCAGCACCUUCUCGCCCCCGUGUUCUCGCAGCUGGCCUCUAGCAUGAAGUAUGUUCAGUUGCAGAGCCCAGACGAGGGGCUCGCUCUGGAAGACUGCACGUCUCCCCCGCGAUAACAGCUGCGCCUGUGGUGGGACACGCACUGCUCAUCCAUUCUCUACAACUACGCGAAUCCAGACCGAGCCGGGCCGCCAUGGCAGGAAGAGCGAGGCAAAGGAGCGCCAGCGCGCCGAACGGGACCAGCUGACGCGGUUGCUCAAAGAGUCGCCUGGCAAGCGCGACGCGCGCAACUUCCUCAAGCACUUCGACCAGUGGCAGCCGACCCCGAAGUCGACCCCGGCAAACCCCGAAGCCCCUCAAGCGGCCACCGAGGCUGAGAAGAAGGCACACCAUGACGAGUGGAGGCUGGGGCGGACUGGCGUCAACCUGGGCAACCUGUACGAACCUACAAAGGCCGUGCAGAACAAUCCCGUCUUCACGCGGGAAGAGCUGCCGGACAAGCUGCCCCAUGACAAAGAUCUGGAGCCGCUGCAUUUGGCAUUGGUCAAGCUGCGGCAGCCCCAAGCACUGGACGAUGAGACAUUGGGGGGCAUAGCUCUGACCCUGAGUCAGAUGGCGAAGCUGGGACUCAACAUUGCCGUCGUGGUGGAUUGCGAAGGAAACGAUGGUCCGGUCAGCCUCGACCUAGACCCGACGUGGGAGAGCACCGUGCGAGAGCAGACGACACGCGUCGUGGAUGCGCUGGAGGAAUUCAAUGCACCCGGUGCUUUUGCGAUUGGCCAUGCGCUAGCCUAUACCGACCAGGUCGCCAGCAGCGCAGGCGCAGGGCUCCAGGGCUAUGGCGACGUCGAGGUCAAGAACAGCCAGCUUCUCUUUCCUCCGAUUGAGGACGGUAUCAUCCCAGUGAUCCCGCCCUUGGCCUAUGAUUCGCAGCUUAAGAAGAUCAGGGUCAGCCCCGACGACGUACUCCUUGCUUUGACGCGCGAGUUCGCUGGACUUACGCCAAAUGUCGACACAAGUGGGUCGGUGGUUCCCGAAAGUGCUGGAAAGACACAAGAUGAAGAGCCUCGUAGGAAACCUGUCCUGGAUCGCAUCAUCAUUCUGGAACCCCUAGGAGGCAUACCGGCAGAGCAUCGCGCGGACGGUGCACACGUCUUCAUCAAUCUCGAGGCCGAAUACCGUGAUGUGAGAAAGGAGCUUGAACGUCCUUCUCUGAUCGCAGAAUCCACAGAAAAUCCAUCGAUAUCAUCCUUUGGCAGCAGCAACCCCUUGUCCAAGUUUGUAGAGACGGAAAUUGCAUCCAUGCCUGGUACCGAAACUAAGCACGUUUCCACCGACUCAGCAUCAUCUCGCCACGUCAAGAAUCUCGACGUAGUGCACCGCGCCCUUCGGCUCCUACCGCCGUCUUCUUCCGCAAUAAUCAUCACCCCAGCCGAAGCGGCCAUUUCCUCACAGGCUGCACUUCAGAAAAGCUCUUCUGCGGGUGUGCGAACACGCAGAUCCAAGAACCCUCUGAUCCACAAUCUCCUCACCGACAAGCCCAUGACUUCCUCGUCGCUGCCAGACCCCCUUGUGACUCGCCCUUUGGCGUCAGCGGAUCCCAACCCAGCAACAUUUCUCAAGAAGGGGAUUCCCGUGACAAUACUUCCAGACCCGCGCGUAUAUCCGUGGCAGCCGCCUUCCCCCUCAAAUCCAAGCAUCGAGCUCGAAAAGGAUCCACGAAUCAACUUUCCAAAACUGGUAGAUCUGAUAGAAGAUUCCUUCCGCCGCAAGCUCGACGCACGCGACUACCUCGAGCGCAUUCGGGGGCGCAUUGCCGGCGUCAUCAUCGCCGGGGACUAUGAGGGCGGCGCGAUCUGCACCUGGGAAGCACCAGGGUCCCUUUCUUCCGCGCCUCCACCCCCAGACUCCCCCCUUUGGGUCCCCUACCUCGAUAAGUUUGCUGUCUUGACGAAAUCGCAAGGGUCGGGUGGGGUCGCAGACAUUGUUUGGGGCGCUUUGACGCGGACGGCUUUCCCACAAGGUGUCUGCUGGCGAAGCAGGACCACGAACCCUGUGAACAAGUGGUAUUUUGAGAGGGCGGUUGGCAUGUGGGAUUUGCCAGACGGGUACUGGACCAUGUUUUGGACGACCGAGGGCGUGGUCGAGGAGGCUGCGAAGGCGAUGAAGGCGAAGCAGGGGGGUUUGACGAGGUGGGACGCGUAUGUGGAUGUGUGCUCAGGCGUUGUGCCGAGCUGGGCGGAUGCGAAGAAGCCUGAUUAGAAGUCGGUGCUUCUGCAGAUGGAUGGUGGUGCUCAGCCAAACGUUGGGCUUACACAGUGGCCAACAACGAGAAUGGAA